AUGGCACAAAUAAUAUCACAAUCGGGUCACGAUGACAUGAUCCACGACGCCGUCCUCGAUUACUAUGGACGCCGGCUAGCGACCUGCUCAUCCGACAAAACAAUCAAAAUCUUCGAGAUUGAGGGCGAUCAACACCGGUUAACAGAAACAUUGAAAGGUCACGAAGGCGCAGUAUGGUGCGUGUCGUGGGCGCACCCCAAGUACGGCACGAUCCUAGCCUCCUCCUCCUACGACGGCCGCAUCCUCAUCUGGCGCGAGCAAAACGCGCAAUGGCAACGCAUCUACGAGUUUACACUGCACACGGCGUCGGUGAACCUGAUCGCCUGGUCGCCGGCGGAGAUUGGGUGCCACUUGGCCGCCGCGAGCUCCGACGGGAACGUCAGCGUGCUCACGUUUGAAAACAAUACGUUCAACCACGUCAUCUUCCAGGCACAUGGAGCACUGGGGGCGAACGCGGUGAGCUGGGCGCCGGCGAGAGCGCCGGGGGCAUUGAUGGGGGCACAGGCGCCGGGACAGCAGCCUGGGGCGGUGCGAAGAUUCGUGACCGGUGGCAGUGAUAACUUGGUCAAGAUUUGGAACUUCAAUGCGGCAACGGGGUCGUAUGACAACAUUUGCACGUUGACCGGACACACGGACUGGGUGCGAGAUGUGGCGUGGUCGCCGACGCCGCUGUCGAAGAGUUACAUUGCGUCGGCGAGUCAGGACCAUACCGUGCGCAUCUACACCUUGCCGGCGAAUGGGGAGGUGGGCGAUGCCAAGGCAUGGCACUGUGAGACGCUGGACUUUGAAGUGGUGGUGUGGAGGGUCAGUUGGAGCAUGGCGGGCAAUGUGCUCGCGGUGUCGGGCGGGGACAACCGUGUCAGUCUGUGGAAGGAGAAGCUGAAGGGAGGGUGGGAGUGUGUCAAGACGAUUGAGGAGUAG